AGCAACCGUCUAAGUGCUUUGGAGUUUCAUAGUGCCAUACCCAUAAUGGCAGAGUAUAGAGAUAUUGCGAUGCAGGAGAAUGAAUUGGAAGGGUUUGUGGACUGGAAAGGAAGACCUGUUCACAAGAAAAGCCAUGGCGGAACGCGCUCUACCCUCUAUGUUUAUUUAAUGGACGGAUUUGACAACAUAGCCUUUUUGGCGGCGGCUGUAAACCUUGUGAACUAUUUCACUUUGAUCAUGCAUUUGGAAAUUGCUGUUGCAGCCACCACGCUGACCAAUUUCAUGGGUACUGCUUUUCUGCUGGCACUGCUGGGGGGAUUCAUUUCUGAUUCCUACAUAAACAGAUUCAAAACUUGCGCUAUAUUUGCUUCAUUAGAAUUUGUUGGUUACCUUGUAUUAACAGCACAAGCGAGCAAAAAAUCUCUGAAGCCUCCAUUAUGCAACAUAUUCGAUCCCAAAGCUGUGUGUGAGAAAGUGAGUGGAGGGAAUGCUAUCAUGAUGUAUAUUGGGUUAUAUCUUGUUGCUCUUGGAAAUGGAGCUGUCAAGGCUGCUUUGCCAGCUCUAGGAGCAGACCAGUUUGAUGAAAGAGAUCCCAAAGAGAGGAGAAAAAUAUCCACUUUCUUUAACUUUUUUCUUAUGAGUCUGUCUAUAGGAGCAUGUAUUGGAGUGACAGUGGUGGUAUGGCUGAUGAACAAUAAGGGAUGGGAUGUGGGUUUUGGAAUAUGUGUUGCAGCCGUUUUCCUUGGAAUCUUAAGUCUUACUGGUGGGAUUUCAACUUAUAGAAUCAAUGCUCUAGGAGGUAGUCCUGUUACUCGCAUUGCCCAGGUAUUUGUAGCUGCUUUGCACAAUAGAAAGCUUAAACUUCCAGAGAAUUCGGGCGAUCUAUAUCAGGCCUAUGACAAGGAAGCAGCCAUACACUCAAAGCUCCUACAUACAAAUCAGUUCAAGUUUUUGGACAAAGCUGCCAUAUUAACAAACAAUCUGAUGGAAAGUGAUAAGAAAUAUUUGGUGAGUCCAUGGCGUUUGUGCAGCGUCACCCAAGUGGAAGAAAUCAAAAUUCUACUGAGAAUGAUCCCUGUAUUUGCAAGCACAAUAGUUAUGAACACAUGCUUAGCACAACUACAGACAUUUUCUGUUUCUCAGGGAUUUACCAUGGACACCUCAAUGGGAAAGCACUUUCACAUCCCACCAGCCUCUCUUAGUAUAAUUCCCCUGGUAAUCAUGGUAAUCAUCAUUCCAUUUUAUGAUAGAGUUUUUGUUCCCCUUGCAAGAAGAUUCACUGGGCAUGAGACAGGGAUUACUCACUUGCAAAGAGUUGGAGUUGGGUUAGUACUAUCUGCCAUUUCAAUGAGCAUUGCAGCUUUGGUGGAGGUGAAGAGAAAAAAUGUGGCUAUACACCAUGGAAUGAUAGAUAAUAUACCAUUGGUGAUGUCACCUAUCCCAAUAAGUGUCUUCUGGUUGGGAUUUCAGUACUUUGUUUUUGGAAUUGCAGACCUCUUCACUUUUGUAGGGCUGAUGGAAUUCUUCUAUAGUGAAGCCCCUUCUGGAAUGAGGUCCUUGGCCACUGCAUUUUCAUGGGCUUCCCUGGCUUUGGGUUACUUCCUCAGCAGUGUUUUGGUCAAAAUUGUGAAUCGUGCAACUCAUAUGACUAAAACCCAUGGCUGGCUUGGUGGAAACAAUCUGAACCGCAACCAUCUUAAUUUGUUUUACUGGUUACUUGCUAUUUUGAGCAUGCUCAACUUUGUCAACUAUCUCUACUGGUCUAGAUGGUACAAAUACAAGCCAAAGGUUAGAGGUCAGGUUGUAGAUGAGGCCUCUACAACUCGCCUUGCAGAAUUUUCCACCAGUUAAUUGGUGGUUUUUCAGAUUAUCUCCUUAUAAUUUCUAUGAAAUGCUACUUGUAAUUCCUUCUAAGAAAGAACAUUUGUGUAGGGUAAGAUAUAUA